UUUAAAAUUAGUGCUUGAGCAACUUUCAACGCGAUCAAAUCGUCUGCGAAAUUUCAUUGUAAUCGCCUUGUUGCAAAGCAGUCGGUGUGCCACAGUCUAAACAGAACGUGCCGUCUGCGUGUCCCGCGCCGCAUCGAAAGAUACAAUACGUGCGAAUAUCGUCUAGGUGUCAGUGGAGCAGCGAUAAGUUUCACUAGGCGAUUUACUUGACCACCGUGCGUCUUUCUUUUCGCGAAUUCGCCAUCGCGUACUGAUUCGUUGGCCGCGAUACAGGUCUGAAAGUUUCCAAAAAGUGUCCUUUGAGUGCUUGAGUGAAUAUUUUUUGCUCGACAUUUUUGAGGGAGCUGCUGCUUUUUGUGGCAGGCAAUGAGCCCGAAACUACAUGAAUUCACUGUAGUUCUGCGACGAGAUGGACCUGAAACUCCCUGGGGCAUUCGUCUUGUAGGUGGCAAUGAUCUGGAUACUCCGCUCAUCAUAACUAGGGUUCAAGUUGGGAGCCCUGCUUACGGAGAAGUAUUGCGCGGCGAUAUUAUCGCCAAGAUACGUGAUUAUGAUGCUCGCGAUGUGAGCCAUGGAGAUGCUGAAACGCUUUUCCGCAACGCGGGUAAUGAAAUCCAAAUCGUCGUCCAUCGUGAUAGUAAAAUCGCAUACACACAAGGACUUGGCGCUGAACCAUACAGAGCUGGCCUUGGCCCGUCACCAGCUAACAGCAACAGCCCGGAUUUGCAUAGUGCCAAUGUGCCACACAGAGGCCCUUCACCGUUUUUGCCAGGACCUGGCCAAUAUGAACGUGCCCUGCAGUUGCCUGUUGAUUCGUUGCCGCAAACAGUAUUUCCAAAACUGAACGCCUCAGGCGGCUAUGUGCCACCGCGUGAGAGUGGAUGCUUCAGUCCGAUGCCUACGCGGGACCACCAGCAAGAUGUAACCGAAGAGCAGGCGGCCAUUGUAAAUCAACCCUACCGAACAACUCCACUGGUGCUUCCUGGUGCCAAAGUUAAGAAGGAUGCCCCAACCACAGAAUCUUACUUGAGGUACCACCCAAAUCCGGCUGUUCGCGCUAACCGCGGCCACGAUUAUCAUGACAGUGUGAUGAAGCAACGCGUCGCCGACACCAUGUUGCACAAGGUCGUUGGCCAGGAUGCCGACACUGGCAGGGUAUUCCACAAACAAUUCAACUCACCCAUUGGCCUGUAUUCAGAGAACAACAUCGAGAACACCAUCAGACAAACAGUUCCUGCCAAAACCGAAAGUCCGCGCAUAAGGAGUAGUCCUUUGCAUCGCCCAAUGCCGACAAAACUUGACCGUUAUAAGAAGACUCUUCAUUUUGACCCAUCGAAGAGCGAGACUUAUAAAGCCAUACAGGAGCAGGGUUAUGGCAAUGGUUAUGCCCCACAGGAAGUGACAGUGCCGGUUCAGCCAAAGGUCUACCAACCAAACCGAUUGGCUCCAGGAAAGAAACCCCUCAGCUCAACGCCCGUUUCCCACACGACGUACAAUGUGGUAAAUACGCAAGAUGACACCAUCCGUCAGAGCUCAUCUUUCAAUCGCUUGAUGUACAGUGUGUUGGGUGCGUCGGAAUAUUAAUUUCUAAUAUCAGUUGUUUCUAAGUGCAUGAGAGCCCAUCGAUGUAUCAAAACUAAAACACCAUAAUCAAACAAUACAGAAGAAUUUGAAUAGCGGUAGCUUUAAAGAAAAACACAAAUAUUAAAAAUACUGAGGAAGUUUUCUUAAUGGAAAUUGCAGUACACCCAAGCAAAUAAAAAAAUAUGCAUAUAUUUAAUAUUAUAACAUAUAAUCAUUCAAAAAUAAAUUAUCUAACAUUAACAAAUUCGAAAGGAACCUAUUUUUCCUGUCGAUUUCAAUAAAAAUCAGUUUUUUAGUAUACAAAAUACAAACCGAAAUUUUGCACAAAUUAAUAAAUUAAUAAUAAAAAGUGUAUUAAACGAUUCAAAAUUAUUUGAAAUAAAAUGGCAAACCAAAAAUCAGUGACCCGCUUAAUAAUGUUCAAUAUUAAGAAAAAACAACACUAACUUUAAUUUAAAUUGUAUUUUUUAAUAACUUAAGGAAGGUAAAUUUCAGAAAAAUGAGUGUUUCUAGUCAAAAGAAAUGGAAAACUCAUGUGGUUGAGUCUAUUCGGUAAUAAGUUUUAUUUUCCUUGACUCCAGCGUGAUUUUUCAAUUUCCCAGCGGUUCACAAGAACUAAACUUAACCUUAAAUUUAAAUAAAAUCAUUUAUAAAUUAUAAAGCUAAUGAAAUAAAAUUGUAUCAUUGGACAGGAGAA